ACCACUUCCAAUUCACCAGUUCCCUAUAGACAUUGCUUUUGAAUUGCAGUAUACAACUGGACUGAAUUACGAGAACGAUUCAGCUAGUCGAACAAUUCGACCUGAUCUACAAUGCCGCUAGCAACAAGAAGAUACUUUUCCACUGCAGCAAAGACAUCAAAAUGUCUAACUCACUCGAUUUUUACGGUCAAUAGACCACAAUAUAGCAUCGUCCUGAAUCAAAAUGUCUCCAGAUACCAGACGCCAUCCUCAUCAAACCGAAGCGCAAUCACACUCACCCACCUCCAACGACACACCUUCACAAACUCCGCAUCCCUAAGCAAGAAAAAAGACAAAAACAAACGCAACGACGAUGUCGACUCUUCACAAUCAACAUCAGCAGCAGCAGGAGCAGGAGGAGGACCCGACCCCUUCAAUUUCUCACAGCUACAAACCGGAAUCUCAGACGCCCUCACACGCCUAAAAGAAGAUCUGCAAAAACUUCGAUCAGGCGGCCGAUUUAAUCCAGAGGUCAUUGAGCAAUUGCGCGUGAAUCUGGUCAAGGGUAGUAAUGAGACGGUGCGAUUGAGUGAAGUUGCUCAAGUAGUUCCCAAGGGUGGACGGGCAGUUACUAUUAUCGUUGGUGAAGAGGAUCUCGUCAAACCAGUAAAUUCAGCUAUAAUCUCAUCUAACCUGUCCCUCACCCCACAACCAGAUGCGCAUAACCCUCUACAACUCAACGUGCCCAUUCCACCACCAACCAAAGAAUCGCGCGAUCAAGCCAUAAAAGCAGCCAAGGGGGCAAUGGAUAAAGCAGCGAAUGCAGUGCGAAGUGCUCGCGCAAGCGUGCAUAAAAGAUUACAGGAUAUGCAGAAGAAGAAAGAAGCCAGACCGGAUGAUAUUCGAAAAGCGCAUGAUCAGAUGGAGAAAUUGGUCGAGAAGGCGCAGAAGGAUGUUAAGGAUACGUUUGAAUCUGCUAGAAAGGGUAUGGAGCAGGUUUAGUAUAGAAUCUGUUGUAAAUCUACUGUACAAUAUAAAAAAGAAACACUGUAUACUACAUUCCACGUCAGGUCACUUAGACCAUCUUGAAGAAAAAACAUCAAGUUGAAGCCCGUUUUGCCCGCUGCACCGAAGCAAGUAAAGACUGAAACUUGCCCAUAAACUCAGCCUGUUUCCCGGUCAUCCGAUAAGUCUCAUUAUUAUAAAGCUGUCUCUGCACCUCAUCCAACACCGGAUGACGCACAUCCCCCUUUUGCCAUCCCUCAUACUGCCCACGCACAAUCUGCCCCACGAGAGCCUUCUUCUCGUCAUCCUUGAUAGACGCAAAACUCGAAUCUUCAGGCUCAAUCAAAUCGCCUUUGCGUUGCGUCAAUUUAUCGGCUCGUUCCUGCGCGAGUCUGCUCACUUCGGCCAUGACGGUUUUCUUCUCUUCUUCGCCGGUGAAGAAGACUCGUUCACCGUCAAAGAGUCGCUUGGCGAGUUCGAUUGGUGAGACAUAGCCGGCUCCGUAUCGACGACUCAGUAGAUUCAAUCGUUCCACGACGGUACCCGUUGAUCCUGUUUUGCCCGUGGGUAAAGACGGCCAUGUAUCCUUCAAAGCGGUCAUGUCGUAAUUGACCGGUGUGUACCGCACAGGUUUCGGUUUCGAGGCAUUUUUCACUUCGUUAAAAACAGCCUCCAAAUCAUUUCCGCGACCGACUUCUUCGCCGUCUUCCUCAUUAUCUCGCUUGCGGCGUUGUGUGCGUUUGUUUGCUGCUGCCGCGUUGGCUGUGCGAGAUUUGCCUGUUUUCCUUGCUCCGCCAGCUCCUGGUCGGCCUCGUGCAAGUGUACCACGUCGAAGCCGUAAUUGAGGUGCUCGAAUGAUAUUUGACUGAUUAGGAGCAGCGUGGCGUGUACCGAGUGAUCUGGCAUCAAUGACUCGCGGGCGAGAUACGGGUGUCCUUUUCACUAGUGAUGGUUUCGAAUCGGAUUCACUUUGAUGUGAGGUUCCAGAUGAGAAUGCUCGAGUCAAGCGAAUGUUGGCAUUGCUCGCUCUUUUAACAUUAUACGGAGAACAGUAGACUGUUCUCAGAGUAUGUGAACGAACCAUCCGGUCCAUAUCGAUGUGGUGGAAUUCAAUUGAGAGCAUUC